UUAUUAAUGUGCAAGUUGUGUUUUGUCUAUAGCAGGUGUCCCAGGUUUUAGAUUGACACGGUAUCCAGUGGAAUCCACUCCCCAUACCGGGCGGAUGAGUUGGCCUGAAGCCCGGUGACCAGUGCCAGAGAGCGGCGUGGUAAUCUGCUCUCAGGGCAGUGAGACGGCAUGACAUGUAAGCUGAGGUGUAAUAUCAUCAGCUCCUCCCCUCCUCCUCCUCCGCCUGGCGGAGGCAGAGCCACCUGUACUGGGAGAGGAGCCCCGCCGGACAGAUAGACCUGUGCUACUGUACGCUGCUCGCGUCGAGGGAUCCACUGACACCUGCGAUGAGAGCCGCUCCGAACACAAGGAGGAAGGCGUCCAGGCGGACGACUCACUGAGCUGCCCUCUGAUGACUCCCUCGCAGGUGUAGGCAGCGGGGCUCCAGUCCAUAGCCCACACCCCGUCCACAGAACCCCACGAUGGCAGCCCUCUCCGGCCCGGCGGUACCGGGGCGCUCCCUCCCAGCUCCGGGGUCAUCAUCGGGUCCGCCCGCUCCUCUCUCCCCUCCCGGCCCUCUCUCCCUCAGCCCGUCGCUCCAGAACCGCACGCAGCCCCAGACACCGCAGCGCACGGGCAUGGGGGUGUACAAGGCCUGCGCCCGCAACGACUCCUACUCCCUGGCGCAGCUCAUCCAGCUCGGGGUCACCCAGGAGGCAGUCCGCGAGGUGGACAACAACGGAUGGAAUUGCUUAAUGUUGGCGUGUCGUAAAGGCUUCCUGCAGAUCGUGUACGUGCUUCAUGACUGCCCCUACCUGGACGUCAACCUGCAGGACAACGAAGGAAACACUGCACUGAUGAUCGCUUCACAAGCAGGUUACGUGAGCUCUGUAAUGUAUCUGCUCAACUACUACCCGGGCGUUGACACCGAGAUAAAGGACUGCCGAGGGUUCACCGCGCUCAUCAAGGCUGCCAUGAAAGGCCGCAAUGACAUCGUGGCGAUCCUGAUCAUGGCCGGGGCCGACAUGCACGCCGUCGACUCCACCAAGGGGAAGUGCGCCCAGGAGUGGGCCCAGACCACCGGGCGCCACGAGACCCUUCAGCGCAUCCAGCGCCUGCUGCAGCGGCCCCGGGCCGAGCAGUGCUGCCUGGACUACGGCCCCGAAGGGCCCGGGCUCCAGGCCGCCGCCCCGGCGUCCGACCGCGGCGGGGAGAACCUCGCCCGGCGCAUCAAACACACGCUGGGCUGCGUCAGCCCGCAGGAGCCGCGGGAUGACGGCGCCCUGGACCUCAUGGUGCGCAUGACCAGCGGCGUGCGCAGCCCCCUGGUGGCCACGGCGUGCCGGCCCCUCUGCCCCAGCAGCCCCCCCCAGGUGGGCAAGCGACGGCUGGCGGUGGCGGAGCUGGUGCUGAUGCACACGGAGGAGGUGCUGCGCGACGGCGCCGUCAGCCACAGCGACGCCCCCGAGUCGCCCGACGCGUCCUGCAGCAGCUCCGAGGUGCUGCCGACCGUUUCCUGUACCCGCGACGGCGAGCGGCGCGGCAGCAUCCUGUCGCUGGCCUCCACCCGGGUCAGCGCCCUGCUGCCCCGCGGCCUGGCCCGGAGGAACAGCGUGGCGCCUGCCGGCAGCAUCCCCGACAUCAGCGUCAGCCGGUCGGGGGAGGAGACGCCCAAGAAGGAGAACCUGACGGUCAACCAGAACGGCUACCUGGAGCCACCCACCUGGAAGUACAACAAGAGGAAGAAACCCAAGAAGAAGGACGACGACAAGUCGAAGACUCCGUAGCGAUAUCAAAUAGAGGAGGUUGGAUCAACUGCCAAAGUAUCGAAGUCAUAAAUAACAGAACAGAACCAAAGCAUGAUACAGAACGUUUAUGUCCGUCACUGCUGCCAUUAUUACUUUUUUCUCACAGACGGUUAUUCUCCUAAACUGGUUGGUUUCCUUGAAGAAAAAGCUGUACCACCAAAAUUCAUUUUGUACAGAUUUUUUUAAAUGUUAGAGAGCUUUAAUGUGAACUAUGACUUUCCUAUGGGACUGAAUAAAGAAUAUUUUAGAAUAA